UGUUUUACCGCAAUAGUCGGUGAGCUCAUAAGCUUCACCGAUUGCAUAAGCGCGCGUACGGGUGAAAUCGGAGAAAUGUCGCCGAAUGAGGGUGACAAUAGGUCGUGCUGGCGACGUGUUGCUUUCUGCGAUGGCGACGUUGCUGACGGUGUAACACUUGGAAUGCUUCCAGUACCUGCAUUCGACCCGGUUUCGGACCCGAAACUGCCCAAAUUAGUUACGUUUGAACCCGGCGAAGCGUUUUUUGGCAUGCUGGUGCAGCAGUUUCAAUGA